UCUCAGCUUGGGCGAAGGUGUGGAAGCAAAGCCUGAGACCUCGGGAGCAGAACACAAUAGCUGCAGAGGCAAGGCCAGCAUGUCUCCUUCCUUCAAACUUCAAUGUCACUUCAUUCUGAUCUUUCUGGUGGCUCUAAGAGGGGAAAGCAGGUACCUAGAGCUGCGGCAAGCCGCGGACCACGACCCUUUCCAGUUCUUCAGCGCCAACCUGAAGCGGGAGCUGGCGGAAGAGCAGCUCUACCGCCGCGCUCUGCGGUGCCUGGACAUGCUGAGCGUCCAGGGCCAGUUCACCUUCACUGCCGACCGGCCGCAGCUGCACUGCGCUGCCUUCUUCAUCAGCGAGCCUGAGGAGUUCAUCACUAUCCACUAUGACCUGGUCUCCAUCGACUGUCAGGGCGGGGACUUCCUGAAGGUAUUUGAUGGUUGGAUUCUCAAGGGGGAGAAGUUCCCCAGUUCCCAGGAUCAUCCUAUCCCCACAACUGAGAGGUACAUAGAUUUUUGUGAGAGUGGUCUUAGCAGAAGGAGCAUCAGAUCCUCCCAGAAUGUGGCCAUGAUCUUCUUCCGGGUCCAUGAAGCAGGCAAUGGAUUUACAUUAACUGUAACGACAGAUCCCAACCUCUUUCCCUGCAAUGUAAUUUCCCAGACUCCAAAUGGAAGGUUCACCCUGGUAGUUCCACAUCAGCAUCGAAAUUGCAGCUUCUCCAUAAUUUAUCCUGUGGCGAUUAAAAUAUCUGAUCUCACCCUAGGACACUUCAAUGGCUUGCAGUUAAAGAAACCCUCAGCAGGUUGUGGGGGAAAAGGAGACUUUGUGGAGCUGCUGGGAGGAACUGGAUUGGACCCUUCCAAGAUGAUGCCUUUCGCUGACCUCUGCUAUCCUUUUCAUGGCCCUGCCCAAAUGAAAAUUGGCUGUGACAACACAGUGGUGCGCAUGGUCUCCAGCGGAAAACACAUAAAUCGGGUGACUUUUGAGUACCGUCAGUUGGAACCAUACGAACUGGAAAAUCCAAAUGGAAACAGUAUCCCGGAGUUCUGUUUGUCUACUCUUUGAAUAACCAAUCCAAUGAGUUUUUAAUGGAUAUUAUACAUGAUUUUGAUCACCAACUAGUUAAAAUCCUUUCAUAACAGUCAGUGUGCACAGCCUAGAGCCCACAUCUCCUCCUACUCCUGUCUGUCUCUUACACACACACACACACACACAUGCACGCGUGCAUUAGUUUUUACCUUGCUUUUUUUCCAUUUGUAAUAUGUAAAUGACCACAUAGUAGAAAAUAAGCCCUCCUUUGGUAGAAAACCAGUUUUUUUGUAAUCCUUUGCUAUGCUAUAGUACUGAACUGGUAAGAAAAGUAUAAAGCAAUGUGCAAUUAAAAAAUAUAUUUCAAGGGAAAAUACUACCAAAAAAAAUAAAAUGGUGGCAUUCAUAUCAGUUUUAUAACAGAAAAUGAUUAAACAAUUGGAUGCCUGUGUAUACCAAAAUAGUUGCAUCUGUUUAUUUAUUUUCUGCUUAUUAUUCUGUUUACAGUAGGUAAUGAUUGUAGCUAUUAUUUAUUGAUUUGCAACAACUUGUUUUUAACAAAACUCUGUAACAUGGAAAAGAUUUUCCAACUGUAAAU